CACCGCGACCUGAGCCGCGACCGUCCGCUCGUGCUGCUGCUGCAUCUGCUGCAGUUCGGGCCCCUCUUCAGGUGUUUUGAAGUCUUCUAUAUCUACUUCCAUUCAGACCAGAGUGAAGAGCCUUAUGUCAGCAUCACCAGGAAGCGGCAGAUACCCAAAAAUGGCCUCUCAGAGGAGAUUGAGAAGGAGGUGGGCCAGGCAGAAGGCAAGCUGUUCACCCACCGAUCUGCGUUCAGCCGGGCAUCAGUGAUCCAGGCUUUCCUGGGCUCAGCCCCACAACUGACCCUGCAGCUGUAUAUAUGCGUCUUGGAGCAGGACGUCAGUGUUGGAAGAAGCUUCCUCAUGACCUUAUCCUUGUUGUCCAUCGUGUACGGAGCCUUGCGCUGCAACAUCCUAGCCAUCAAAAUUAAGUAUGAUGAGUAUGAGGUCAACGUGAAGCCUCUGGCUUACGUCUGUAUCUUCUUCUGGAGGAGCUUUGAGAUUGCCACUCGAGUUAUAGUCCUGGUCCUCUUUACCUCCGUCCUGAAGACCUGGGUAGUGGUGGUCAUACUCUUCAACUUCUUCAGCUUCUUCUUGUUCCCCUGGGUCCUCUUCUGGUGCAGUGGCUCCCCAUUCCCCGAGAACAUAGAGAAGGCCCUCAGUCGGGUGGGCACCACCAUUGUGCUGUGCUUCCUCACUUUACUCUAUGCUGGUAUCAAUAUGUUCUGCUGGUCAGCUGUGCAGCUAAAAAUCAACAACCCCGAGCUCAUCAGCAAGUCUCCGAAUUGGUACCACCUACUGGUGUACUACACAGUGAGAUUAAUUGAGAAUGCCAUCCUCCUCCUCCUGUGGUAUUUUUUUAAGACCGACGUCUAUAUGUAUGUGUGUGCUCCUCUCGUGAUGCUGCAGCUGCUCAUUGGGUACUGUGCAGCCAUCCUCUUCAUGCUUGUGUUCUAUCAGUUCUUUCACCCCUGCAAAAAGCUCUUUUCCACCAGUUUUUCUGAAGGCUUUCAGAUGUGGCUUAGGUGUGCCUGCUGUUCCCACAGGCAACAGAAAUCCUGUGAGUCAGUAGAAAAUACAGACCUAAAGUCAUCCAAAAGCAGAGAUGAGACACCUUCUAGCAGUAAAAUAAGUACUGAUCCCAGUCACAACGUUACUGCCGAUGAGCUCUCCUCUGCUUAAUGGGAUCUGAGGUUUCAGGGCACAGUCAUGUUAUUUUCUGGGUUGAUACCUGUUCUUCAUACAAGUAAUGAGCCCUCCACAGGGAACAAGGCAGGAAGAUAACUGUUAACUCCUUGUGAGCUGCUCCUCUUUAUAGAG